AUGUCGCAAGACUCGUUCCAGGGUGCUCUAGACCCUCACCCUCACCCUCCUCCUCGUCCAUUGCCUCUCAACUUGAACUCCGUUCACCACGAUGACUCUCUGACCCUCCCUCUCCCCGCUCCUACAAGAGGCCAUCAGCGCUCUCGGACUGCUAUCGACCCUGCCCCUCUCUUCGCGCGAGACCAGCCCUCCUCACUUGCAAAGCCUUCGACAUCCCUACCAUUCCUGUGUACCCAAAGCACUCGAUCGUUGUCUCCUGAACGAGCCUCUGUCGCCGAGGCCGCAGCUCUUGCCUCUGAAUCACUUUCUGAAGAACCACUUUCAAAGAAAAAGGCUGGCGCGGUCGAUAGGCUAGCGAGUUGGUUCGACGGGUCAUCUGAGCCCGUCAAUAUCGGUCUCAUCCCCUCACCGCGAAAGGAAAAACUGGAUCCUGUUAACGAGACAAAGACAAUGGAGAAUUUCUUCUUUGCCAGUCCGGAUUCUCUAGACACUUUUACAAGGAGACCCAAAAGGCCCAGUUUGUCGGGGCCUGCUGCUUCGACUGCCACUACCUCUCGGUUCAGUUUCUUUCGUCGAUCGACUGUCGCGGAGUCUCCCACAGAUGCUAUGGACUCCGACGAGCUUGCGCAGAUGGAUGUUCAGGAAGCUCUAUUCCCUCACGGGUACCCGGAUGAAUUCUCCCCCGCUGCAUUCAAGAACCUCCAGCUCAAUGCCGAAGGAACACUACGUAGGUGUCAGCAAGCCUACGUGGAUCAAGCAAAGUCAUUGAGAUCCACCCUCUCCGCCAAAAAUGUCCAAGCAGAUGAACUAGAGGCAGCGCAAACGAGGACUGAGCAUCUCAAGCUUCAACUGCAGGAAAUGGCAGAGAGAGCAGCAGAUCAGGAAAAGGCGAUUUCAGAACUCAGGUCGCAACUAGCUCUGCAACGAGCAUCUCUUGAAUCACGCCAGUCACAACAGCAAAGCAUCAGAAUGGUCGAGCAGGACUGCGAACUUGAUACUACAUCUCAAUUCAAGUACCGCCGGAAUCGCGCAUCGGACGUUUCGACGCUAGGAGGAUCCGAAGCUGGGUCCGAAGUGAGUUCGGCAGUAAGUGUGUUUUCAGAGGCAAUAUCUGCAGCGCCGUCCCAAGCGACGUCGGUCGCUGGUGAUGCCAACAUGGCCUAUGCUCGAGUCACUUGCUCCAGGUGUCACGGCGUCAGUGAAUCCGAAGCAUGGGAUGUCAUGGGCACGAUGAAAUUGGAGGCAACAGCAUUGAAACAACGCAUCUCGCAACUGGAGAAUGCUCAGGAAGAUGCGUUGGAUUUCCUAAGUGGGCUCAAGUUGUCCUAG